CGCUUCCGAAUGGGAUCAGGAUGUCAUUGGGUGCGUUCGACUAUAUAUAGGGGCUAGAUACGUCCCUAUUUUCCACCACUCUCAAUUUCUUUCUCUCUUUUUUGCUGUGUUUUAAUUACUCAUUGCUUUUGCCAUGUCGACCCCUAUUUUCUCACUCCAACGGACUGUUAGGCGUUGGCUACGAGCCCUUACUCCCACAGAAAAGGCUUUGUUAAAAGAAUACCACUUAGAGGCACUUUUAGGCUUACAACAAAUUAAUAUUGAUUAUAACUUUCUCCAUGCUGCCCUAAACUUUUGGGACUCCGAUCAUCAUGUUUUUGCCUUUCGGGGCAACGAAAUAUGUCCUUUGCCAGAUGAAUUUGCUGCGAUCCUUGGUUAUCCUACUAAUGCUACUCCUGCUACCCCUGGCACUAUUGAAGAGGGUAAAACAACCAUAGGGGCUUUCCUAGGACUAGAUGAUAACAUGUUUGCUGAAAUUGUUGUAGGUAACGAGGUUAACUUGGCAAAACUUGUAAAACAUCACUUUAGGCCUAGUAAGAAUAUGACCGAACAGAAAUUGAAUAUUCGAGUCCUUGUAUUUUGCUUGUUGAAUCACUAUUUGCUAUCGAAUAACAAUGGUGAGUUCGGUGACAUAAGGUUGAUCCCCUUGAUUAGCCAGAUGGAAAGUUGCUAUUCCAUUAUGCCGUUGGUUGUUGCCGAGACUUUGCUGAGUGCGGAUGAGUUGAAGAAGGAUGCCAAAUCUGAACAUUUUAAGGGAAGCCCCCUAUUACUGCAGAUUUGGCUCGUGGAACGGCUUAGACUUUUGGAAGCUCCUGCCGAUCCUAAACAUUAUCGCCCUAUAGCCUUGGGUAACCGAAAAUACUUGCACCAAGGCCAGGGCGAGGCCGAAUGGACCUCCUUUUUUAAUUAUGGCAUUUGUUCUAUUAAGUGGGUGGUACCAUGGUGGGGUUUGACUACUAUGACAGGGGGUUCUGACGUAUCGGUUUAUGUUUCUUUGUUGGGGCUAUCCCGUCCCAUUUAUAUUUUCCCUUACCGAGUCAUGCGUCAAUAUGGUUUAAGGCAAACUAUCCCCUUUUCUGAUACGGUACCACCUAAGGUAGCGGCCUUUUCACAAACACGGGUUCUAGCGUGGGCUAAGUAUUAUGAUGGUCUCCCGCGUUGGGCCGUAGCUACAAAUGGCUUUGUGGGUCUUUCUGAAAACUACAAGUUGUGGAUGAGCUCCGAUGAUAAAGAUGUGAGGGCCGAGGCUCGUAAUGGGGAGCCGGCUGAGCUUUUGAUACCUCGUAUUCGUGUUAAGUAUGAGUGUCCUAAUUCUUCCAAACCUCUUAGUGGGUACCUUAGGCGCAAUUCACUUUUUUAUGUUGGUAGUCACCAAAUUAAGUUGAAGGUUGAUGGACCACGUGAUUAUUGUUACUGCGGAGCUCUUGUGUCAAGGCUAAGUGCUUGGACUCAUGACAAUCCAUGUAGAAAAUUCAUUGCUUGCAACACUAUAUGCCAGAGGGAUGUCAUAAACCAGAUGUUGUUGGAGAACCGAUUGAUGAAAAUUGAGAUGAAUGCUAUGAACAAAGAGAUUGAAGAGUUGAGCUACCCGAAAAGGAGGUUCAUGAAUGAGGUUGGAAAGCACAAUAUGAAUGGGGGAGAAGAUCAUAUGGUACUAUUCAUGGGUGCCUUGAUAUUUGUAGUCAUUGUAGUUGCAGUAGUGGAUUUGUUAUUCGAGUAUUAUUAG